AUGGCGUCCCCCUCAUUCCAGACCCUCCGUGCACAAUAUAGUUCCACGCUACGACGUUUCAUCACGUCAUCGCGGAAUUUCGAGGUCCUCACCUCAAUCCCUUCCGACCAUUCCCAGCGCACACCACCCGAGGUCUUGUAUGUGCUGGACUCGUCCUUCAACCCUCCCACCCUUGCCCACCGCCGCAUCGCAAGCUCCGCCGUCCUCGAGAACCCUGGCAAGCCCUCCCGCGUGCUCCUGCUCCUGGCAACGCAGAAUGCAGACAAACCCUCCAAGCCGGCCCUGUUUGAGGACCGCCUCGCCAUGAUGGAGUUGUUCGCGCAGGACCUUCUGGAUCAUCUCAAAACUUCCCUGUCAUCCACGACCGCCCCGCACCUCCCGGAAAUCGACAUUGGCGUCACGAAGAAACCGUAUUUUGUGGAUAAAGCGGCGGAGAUCGGGUCGUCGGGUGUCUACCCACCGUCGCUGGAGCAGGUUCAUCUCACUGGGUACGACACGUUGAUUCGCAUUUUCAAUCCCAAAUACUAUCCGCCAGAACAUACCCUCCAACCCCUGGGGCCAUUCCUCACGCAACAUCGGCUUCGGGUCACCAUGCGCCCGGACAGUGAGUGGGGUUCGCAAGAUGAACAGAAGGCAUUUCUCCUGAACAUGGCGCAGGGCGGCAUGGAAGCGGAUGGCGGGAAGCGGGAAUGGGCCCAGCGCAUCCAACUCGUAGAAGGGAAGAAGCCCGGCGAGCGCUCAGUGAGCUCGACAAAAGCCCGGGAAGCUGUUCAAGAGAAUGCCCAAGAUCUUGAUCUUCUGGUGCCUUCGCGUGUGAAGGAUUUCAUUUUAUCAGAACGGCCAUACGAGACGUAA